CUCUCCGCUUAACUUCCAAUCAACGGAUCAACCGACUUCUUCCCCUGCCCCUUGCAAGCUAAGCUUAAGACGCGUAAGCCCCACUCGGCAGCGGCCCGCCAACCACCCUCCCAUGGCGAAGACGCAACCCCGCGCGUCGGCGGGGGAGCCGCUGCUCCCCUCCGCCUCCCCGCCGCCGUACCUCGACCACCACUCGCCGGUCGGCGCCGGCGCGGAAUCCUACGUCUACCUCGUCCCCGUGCGGCUCCGCCGCCUGCGCCGCGGCUGCCGCUGCCGCUGGCUCGCUCCCCUCCUCGCCUCCCUCACGCUCCUCGCCCUGGGGUUCCUCCUCUGGCCAGCCGACCCCGAUGUCAGCGUCGCGCGCCUCCGUCUCGCGCACAUCUCCGUCGUCGCGCGGCCCGCCGUUGCCCUCAACAUCUCCGCCGCGCUCAAGGUCCGCGUCCGCAACCCGGACCUCUUCGCGCUCGACUACAGCCGCCUCGACAUCGCCAUCGGCUACCGCGGCGCGCCGCUCGGCACCGUCACCUCCGGCGGCGGCCGCGUCCGCGCGCGCGCCGUCUCGUACAUCGACGCCGACCUCCACCUCAACGGCAUACGCGUCGUCGAGGACGCGAUCUACCUGCUCGAGGACCUCGCGCGGGGAUCCAUACCCUUCGACACCGUCGUCGAGGUCGAGGGCCACCUCCACUUCUUCUUCAUCAGCAUCCCAGUCAAGGGGAGAAUAGCUUGUGUGGUUCAUGUUAAUCCACACGAUCAGACCAUAGUACACCAGGACUGCUAUCCGAAGUGAGUUGCUAAUGACCUCGAGCUAUCUCCGCGUGUGGAAUGAUUAUUUCAACUUCGCUUGGAGUGCUUUUAGUUAUUGUGAACUUCAUCCGUUGGCUAUUUGUCCACGGGUGCGCACGGAAUGACACUUCUCUUGUACUAUACUGGUAGACGGGCUGUUUGUAAAGUGGUUGGCACGCCCAAAUACCGCAGUUCAACUCCAUGUUAAUAUCAAUCAGUCCCCUGUGACAAAACAGUGUGUAACAUUGACAUUUUUUAAAUGCUGCUUGUCUGGCUGCGUUCAUGGGAAC